CCCCUGAAGUCAUGCGCGUCACUGUUACAUUAUGACGCUAUGACGUGGAAAGCAGAAUGACAAUAACAGUACUAGCUAAUGCAAUAGAUCUAACCAUGAAUCAUUUAACAUGUGGCUGUUAAAUCUACUCAUGACAAUUAGGAGGGCUAUUGAUAACAGCUCCUCUCACUCUUGCUUCAUGGUCUGCACUGUUUUUUAGGGAGCAGUGCUGCUGAUCACAACCAUAAUCCAUUGGAGCGCUGUGCACCAAUCAUGUGCUGAACUGUGCAAAUAGAUCUAGUCCCUCCUCGAGCCACAGAACCAUACACCUAACAAUGCACAGAUGAGCUGGGGGAGAGGGAGCUGCAAUAUCAGUAGGACGGUGAUGACAAACCAUUUUGAGAUGUUAACCAAAAUGAUACCUGGAUAAUUUCUAAUCCAACUUUUUCUGGCAAUGUAUAGCAAACCACCUUGUCUACCCAGUCUACAUUUUGUGAAAAAAUGGGGAUUCCUAUCGGAAUUAUGUUGAUUCCUUUGCGGACGCUUUGGAUGUUAUUUCUCUUGUGGAAUACAAUAGAGGCGCAGACACGAUAUACCAUUCCUGAGGAACUAAAUGUGGGAUCCGUUGUUGGGAACAUAGCGAUGGAUCUGGGUUUGGGAAUCUCUGAGAUAUCUGAACGAAAACUGAGGAUAGCCUCGGAGGGUGGUAAGCAGUAUUUCAGCGUGGAUUUGGGAAAAGGCGAGCUCGUUGUCAGUGAGAGAAUAGACAGAGAGAAUCUGUGCGGACAAAGCGUCAGCUGUAUGUUGCCUUUAGAGGCUAUAGUACAAAACCCACUACAGCUCCAUCGUGUUGAAAUUGAGUUACAGGAUAUAAAUGACAAUUUUCCAGUUUUUCAAAACAAUCAAAAUAUUCUAAAUAUUGCCGAGUCUACAUUGACAGGUGUAAAAUUUCGUUUAGAAUCGGCACAAGACCCCGACGUGGGCUCAAAUUCCAUAUGUUCCUACACGCUAAGUAAAAACGACCAUUUUGUUUUAAAAGUAAAAAUUAGCAAGGAUGGAACCAAAGUCCCCGAGUUGGCUUUGGAAAAAAUGUUGGACAGAGAACACAUACCAGCACAUAGUCUAAUUCUGACAGCAAUAGAUUGUGGAACUCCAGCCCGGUCAGGCACAACAAAAAUCACUGUUCGGGUGUUGGACCAAAACGAUAAUGCACCUGUUUUUGAAAAAUCUUUAUAUGGCUUGAAAUUGCUGGAAAACACCCUUAUCGGUACUGUAGUUUUGACUGUCAAAGCUGUAGAUCUUGACGAAGGUGGCAAUGCCGAAAUAACGUAUUCAUUUGAACCACAUAAUCCUGAAUCACUUCAGAAUCUGUUUUCUAUUGACUCACAAACGGGAGAGCUCGCCAUUAAGGGUGAAUUAGAUUUUGAAACGGGACGCUAUUUGAAAUUUGAUGUUCUUGCUACAGACAAUGGCCCGCUAACUAUGCAGGGACUGUGCACUGUUGAGGUAGAUGUCGUGGAUGUGAACGACAAUGUUCCUGAUGUUAUUUUGAAAUCUGAACCUACCCCGGUUAGGGAGGACGCACCUAUUGGAACUGUUGUGGCUCUGCUAAGCGCCAAGGACAUAGACUUUGGACAUAAUGGGAAAGUCACUCUAAGUUUACCACCAGGCGUACCUUUUAAAUUAAAACAAUCAGUGUCCAAUAAUUAUGCUUUAGUUACCGAAUCCAUUUUGGAUCGAGAAUCAUAUCCGGAUUACACCAUUGAGAUAAUGGCAGCUGAUGCUGGAUCACCUCCUCUCUCAUCCAAAAAGAUGAUUAAUGUCCGUGUUCUUGACGUCAAUGACAAUUCUCCAAUGUUUUCCCAAACAUCUUACACUGUUUAUGUCAGAGAGAACAAUGCUGCUGGAUCAAUAAUUUGUUCAGUGUCCGCUACAGAUCCAGAUAUAAGAGAAAAUGCCAAGAUCUCCUAUUCUAUAUUAGAUUCUAAAUUACAAGACGUGUCAGUCUCCUCCUAUAUUUACAUCAACUCAGAUAACGGCAGCAUCUACAGCAUGCACUCGUUUGACUAUGAGAAACUGAAGGUGUUUCAGAUUCAGGUGCAGGCAAAGGACCACGGCUCUCCGUCUCUGAGCAGCAACGUCACGGUUCAUGUUUUUAUCCUGGACCAGAACGACAAUGCCCCGGCUGUUAUUUACCCCUCCGCUGUAAUGGGCUCUGUUUCCCAUCAGAAGAUUCCCCGGUCCGCUAAAGCAGGCCACCUCGCCACUAAGAUAUCGGCAGUGGACGCAGACUCGGGCCACAACGCCUGGAUUUCCUAUAGGCUGACGGAGGCCACCGACUUGUCUUUGUUCAGUGUGAAUCUUUACACAGGUGAGGUGAGAUGUAAACGUGCUGUUUCAGAGCAGAAUGACUCCUCUCAGAGGCUGCUUAUAGAGAUAAAGGACAAUGGGGAGCCGGUCCAGUCCACCACAGUCACAGUCAAUAUAAUGUUAGAGGACGGGCUACACGAACCCAUCUCGGAAUACCGCCAGAAAAAAGCAGAGCCCAGCAGGAGAAACAGUAAAAUCAUCGUUUAUUUGAUCAUCUCUCUGGCCUCAGUGUCCGUCUUGUCUAUGUUAACUUUUCUCAUCUUAGUGGUGAAGUGCGUUARAAACAGUAGGAGCAGCUCGAGUUGCUGUAUCAGACGRGCUGACUCUGACGGAUACAAGAAUCCCAACAGAAACYUGCAGAUCCAGCUCAACACUGAYGGCCCUAUUAAGUAUGUGGAGGUCCUGGGAGGGGACCUGUUGUCUCAGAGCCAGUCGUUCAGGUCGUGUCUCUCUCCAAUGUCAGAGUUCAGUGAUUUCACCCUCGUUAAGCCCAGCAGUACGACUGACUUUAAGGAAAUGAUAAACGUGCUUGACGCAUCUUUACCUGACAGUGCGUGGACGUUCGAGAGCCAACAGCAAAAUCCACCCAACAUUGACUGGCGCUUAAACCAGCAGGCACAGAGACCUGGACCCAGUGGCACAUACAGGUACAGCACCAGCACCCAGCAGAGAUGGACACCGUACGGGAAGGCGAGAGCUGGCCCCCAUCCUGCGGGGGCAGGUGGUGUCGUAGCUGGAACAGGACCCUGGCCCACCCCCCCCACCGAGGCUGAGCAGAUCCAGGCUCUGAUGGCUGCUGCCAAUGAGGUGAGCGAGGCGACUGCGACCCUUGACCCCCGCUACAACGCCCAGUUCCCCAUGCAGCAUGUGCCUGAUUACCGCCAGAACGUCUACAUCCCCGGCAGCACGGCCACCCUGACAGCCAACCCCCAGCAGAUGAUGCCCCAGCAGGCCCUGCAGGGCCCGCCACAGGCCAUGCCCCAGGUAGACGUCCCCAAUGCUGCCCAGACCCCCGCCAGCAAGAAGAAGUCCACCAAGAAGGACAAGAAGUAAGCCAAGCUAACACCAAACCCAAUCACCAUGGACACCAAGACCCUUUACACCCAUACUGCAGAGCGUCCUCCCUCAAUAGAAGCCUUGAUCUUUAUUUUUCUUAUGCCAUUCAAUCUGAUAGUUCAAUCUGAUAGUUCAAUCUGAUAGUCCCAGCGUUGUGGAUGUAGUGAGCAUAUGUUAAAAUGUUGGUAGUGGGCAAUUGCUGUACUUUUACUCCUAUGGUCAUCACAGCCAGCUUCGGGCAGAGGUUAUUGGUUUGUGGUGUAUGUGGGGUGGGAGGGGGAGGAAGAGCAGAGAAAAGAAGAGGGCAUGAGCUGUAUUUUGGAUUCAGAUAGAUUUCAUGUACCUGGAAUUCAUGUAGUGAUCUAGCUCUGCAUUAUAGCAUUCUAAAGAAAAAAACAUCUGAAUGUUUGUUUUCAUUGAAACUUUUGAUGUUUCUCUAAAAUGCAAAGUAGUUGCUUCUUAUGACGACAUGAAUUACACUACCUUCUUGUUUAUUUAGAGAACUUGCUUUAGCUCUUUAAGGAAUGAAGUAGACAAGACGUGUUGCAUGAUUCAUCCUAAGGAUGAAGAACCACUGAAGAUAAGCCUACACUAACAUACAUUUGAAGAAAGAGGCUAGCUCAACUUUGUCACAAAAAUACAAAUCUCAUGUGAGAAUGCAUACCGUGGCAUUAACAUUUUGAAAUGUAAGGUUCAUUGUAGUUAUAUGACUAGUAAGCAUAAGAACAGAUUCUGAUUUUGUGUUACCUUUAAUGGUGACCAUCAAAGUAUAUCCAGCUGCUUUUUAAAAUCUUGUCCAAGCAGGAUUCUGUGGUAACUUAGAUCAUUUAUCCACGAUUGUAACCUUUUUCCAUAAUUAUUGGUAGAAUCCUGUACUGCAUUAAAACUUUGUUUAAAUAAUGUAACAGUGUAAAGGUGAUGGAUCAGUAUUUUAUAAACUUAGAACCAGCAUUAUUUCGAUAUUGUAUCAGCGUUGUUGUAACGUUGUAUUAGCGUUAUGCCGAGCUGGCCCAGUGUGAUUGGCUCUGCACUGUGGCCCUCUCUAAGGCUCAUAGACAGAUUCCUGUGACCACGACCCCAGGGUUGUGGGUUACGGUUAGGGUUAGACAGAGUCCUGUGACCCCAGGUUAGGGUGUGUGGUAAAGGCAUAAGGAGGGGAAAGGGUGGACAGUCUCUGUCCUCUUGCCACAUGUACAGUAUCUCUUUGGCUAUGACAGCCUGUAAAUGUGCUCGAAUCACUUCUUCAGGCCAGACCACAGGUUCAGUACACUACAACUCCAGGCACUGUAGGACGUUCUGUAAUGGACAGUUUACAGGAGCCUCUGUAGAAGCAUUGUUGUGCGUUCAGGGCAAUAUCAGGACCAUGGACAGAGACCACCUCCCUCUCCUCUCUUAGAAGCAGUCUGGGGCACAGAGAAUGUUUUCAGCCCAUCCUUAACCCUGCCAAAUCCUCAGCUGCACUGACACUCUUCCCCCAUGUAAAUAAGACACAGCCAAUCUGAGAGAGAGACAUCACUCUCUCACCACAGCCACACUGCUGGCUAGUACUGGAAUGUUUAGAAUAUUUUUCAGGAAACAAAUCUGAUAACAUUUUUUUUUUUAAAGAAGUGGUUAAUAUUAAAUGUAGUGGUGUAGUGACUAAGAUUUGAGCAAACGGACUCGACCAAGCUGUAAAUAAAACUAAAACUUUCAAAAGACAGUCGUAGCUAGAGGCUUGUGAAAUUUUUUGUGCAUAUUUUUGUGUUUUCUCUCUAUCACUUUCUUUCUUUGGUUACACCAAACUUUAAAUUUUAACACAUUACACCUACAUGUCUUUUAAAGUGUGAUUCCAUUUCCCUGCACUUCGGUCUGUGUUUGUGAUUUUGAUCAAUUGUUUAUGCUACUGGAAUGCCACCCUUGCUCAUAUGAAUAUAAAUAUGUGUCUUCUAAUCCUCUUUAUUCUAUUGUAUUAUCUUCCCUAUUAAAAUGUUGUUACACUCUUAUUUUAUAUGCAAAAAUGUAUACUGCUGUUUAUUUCUUYAUGGUUUUUGUUUAUUCUCUGCUCACUGACAUUUACAAAUAAAAAUCUCUUCUGAUAUGA